AUGCCGAAAAUGGGCCACGAUCCCAGACCCGGUCUUGGAAUCUGUCUAGAUUGUCUCGUUGAGAUGCGUUCUGUCCUCGUCAACGCAGUCCUCAUCGGCUCUGCUCUGGCCUACCCAGGCUACUGGGCUGAACGCAGACAUUAUGGCACCGGCGUCCCCCCCCCCCUCUCAACCGGCGUCAAUCCUCCUCCUCCACCCCCAGUGACCAGCACCAUUACCUCCGUCACCCCUGCAACCACCACUACAACAGGUACAGGUGAAUGGAGCACCGCAACUCAAACCGAAACAAUCACCAAAACCACUUUUGUCCCUUGCUCAACUUCGGUCGGUACUCGCGGAUCAUCAACUGUAUGGUCAACAUGGUUGUCGUCGACGACUACCUGCUGGACUUCGACCUGGACUACCGUUGUACCUGUUACAACCUCCACAGCAACGGCAACCGUUGUCCCUGUCGCCCCCGGUGGUGGAAAUACGUGUCCGUUGCCGGUUACUACGACUCAUACUGAGACUACGACUGCAACUGUGACCGUGACCGCGCCUGCUAUUACUGUUACAGCUACAGCUCCAGCUCCCGGUGGUGGAGAGACGACCACUACAACAGUCGUUCCUCCCGCACCACCUGCAGAGGGUACCUCUACCGCAACCGUGACUGGAACUCAUACCGGAACUGCUACUCAUACCCACCCUGCCACUGCUACCGGAACCGAGACUGGGACUGCACCUGGUGGCGGUGCCCAGCCAACUACAUCUACCCUCACAACUACCACCACCGAACCAUGCACGACCACCACAACGACUAGCACCGGCAUCGUCGGUACUGGCGGUACUACCACUAGCACAUCAACCGGUCCCGUCGGCACGGGUGGAGUGACGGGUCACAAAUGGAGUAUGAGGAAGCCUCUCGUUCACUAA